AUGACCAUUGAUAAUAUUUACUUGAAUUUGGCCACAGUACAAAAUGCAUACAAAACCUACCGACUCCUGUGUCCAGAGAAACAUCUCCCAGAAGAACCAUUACUUUUCAAGAACGAACUAUCCAUAAAUGAGAAUUUGAACCACUUGUCGUUAUACGCAUUGAGAAACCCUACAAUUGCAUACUACUGCUACAAGCCAAUAUUUUUGGAGCUUAUAGCACGCUUGAUUCAAAAUACUGCUAUUUUUGAAAGGGAGUAUUCCAAAAAUUCCAGUAGUAACUACGUUCAAGGGUCCAUUGUCUUGUCAGCACUCUCAACAUUGCUCGACAUUGCACCAGAGGUUUUGAACUUGUUUGAACACUUUUUGCAAAAAUUAAACAUUUGGGCAAUAUUAGACACUACUGGUGACGCUGAAUUGGAGGGGAUACUUUUAGCAUAUUACCGUUUAUUGCACUUUGGCUCAGAGAGAUUCAAACAAUACGUCAAGCCAGAAGCUAUUUACAAGAUUCUUGAAUCAAGUAGACAACCAGGAGUAUGCAAAUACUUGUGUGUUGAAAUACUUACAGUCUAUCUACUGGCAUCGGAGUUGUCAAGAAAUGAAAUGUUGGAAAAGUAUGCUAGUGGAGAUGAGUUACUUUCCAAAUUCGAUAAAGAGUCACUCAACUUCAAGUUUCUUACCUUAUCAGAAGCCAAAAGAAUAUCCAACUACAAGACUUUGCCACCACAGGAUUUUACAAAUGAGAAUACCCAGGUUUGUGUAGAGAUAUCACCUGCUGAUUUAUCUUCAACGCUUUUGGUGUCAGUCUGUGGUGUUUUGGUACCGAGAUUGGCAAAUAGCGCUUCCUAUACAAAUAGCCCGAUUGACUUUGUUCCAACAAAAACAUCAGUCCUGGCGUUGAGAACUUUGGCAAUUGAUAUUCAGUUGAAUCAGCCAGUAAUGCUUGUUGGUGAUUCAGGAUCAGGUAAGACUUUCUUGAUCAACAAAUUGGCCAAUGAUUUGCAUUGUUCUGAUUCCAUCGUCAAGAUCCAUUUGGGAGAACAAACGGAUGCAAAAUUAUUACUUGGUACCUACACGUCGGGUGAGAAACCAGGAACUUUUCAAUGGAACACUGGUGUGUUGACAUCGGCAGUUCAGGAAGGAAAGUGGGUUUUGAUUGAAGAUAUUGACAAGGCACCAACAGAAAUUUUAUCAAUUUUGCUAACAUUGUUGGAAAAGAGAACUCUUAGUAUACCGUCACGUGGUGAAGUUAUCAAAGCCAAAAAUGGCUUUCAAUUGUUUUCAACUAUAAGGUCGAACGAUUCAAAGAAUAGGACUUUGCCUGAUCUCAUUGGAGCAAGGUUUUGGAAAGUAAUCAACUUGGAAACGCCCAAUUCGGAAGAGAUGAAAGUUGUCUUGCGCACAAAGUUCCCCAUACUUCCAAAUUUAAUUGAGCAGGUAAUGAACUGCUAUUUUGAGGUGUUGCGAUUUUACAACCAAAAAGCAUUCAUCACAUUAAAUAAAGGAAGUCUCCCUAGAAUUGUGUCCACCAAGGAUUUGAUCAAGUUUUGCUCAAGAAUUGAUAGGUUACUUAUAUCAGAGGGUAUCUCGGAAUGUGACCAACCGUUGGAAACUUCUAUAUAUGACAAUAUUUUUGCCGAAGCCGUGUCUUGUUUUGGAAGCGCCAUAGUUGAACCUCAAGCGUUGGAGCUUUUAGCCAAAUUCAUAGGCGAAAACUUCCAAGUUCCACCUCUGAGAGUUAACCACUUUAUAUCAAAGCACACGCCAGUUUUUCAAGCCGAUGUGAAUGUUGUGAAAAUAGGAAGAGCAUCAUUGAAGGCUGGUGGCAAUAGGAAAUCCGACUCAUCUUCUUUUGCCAGAACUAAUCACGCUCUUCAUUUAAUGGAGCAAAUAGGUGUUGGAAUAAGCAUGACCGAGCCCAUAUUGCUUGUGGGAGAAACCGGUACUGGUAAAACCACAAUUGUCCAACAUGUUGCAAAGCUUUUGGGCAAAAAGCUAACCGUGAUCAAUGUUUCUCAACAAACAGAAUCAGGUGAUUUACUUGGAGGUUACAAACCUGUAAAUACCAAGCUCAUCGCUGUCGGUGUUCAGGAAUAUUUCGAACCUCUCUUUUUGGCCACUUUUUCCGAAAAGAAAAAUGAGAGAUUCAACAAGGUGUUAUUGCGUUGCUUCAACAGUGGCCAAUGGAAAAACGUGUUGAAGUUAUGGACAGAGGCUUAUAAGCUGGCCGUGGAUGUACUCACCAAAAAAGAACCUCAAGGCGAUGCUGAUGAUGGUGCCCCAAGGAAAAAGAGAAAAUAUAAAGCAGUCGAUCCAGACUUUCUUUUGCAAAAGUGGAGUAACUUUCACCAGAUGUUGAAGGACUUUGAAGUCACUGCUUCGACGUCCGAUCACUCUUUUGUGUUCAACUUUGUUGAGGGUUCCUUGGUAAAAGCCAUCAAGAACGGUGACUGGCUCUUGCUAGACGAAAUUAACUUGGCAAGUUCUGACACAUUGGAAAGUAUUGCCGAUUUAUUGAAUGAUUCUUCAGAGCAAAGAUCUAUUUUGUUAUCAGAGAGAGGAGACACGGAACCUAUCAAGGUGCAUCCUGACUUUAGGCUUUUUGGAUGUAUGAAUCCGUCAACCGAUGUUGGCAAAAGAGACCUUCCGGUCAGUAUUAGGUCCAAGUUCACCGAAAUUUAUGUCCAUUCCCCUGACAAAGAUUACCAGGAUCUAUUGAGGAUAAUAGACAAGUACAUUGGGCGAUACUCCAUUGGAGAUGGCAUAGUAGUCAACGAUAUUGCCGAGCUAUACUUGAAAGCGAAAUCUUUGUCUGAGCUGAAUAAAAUCGUUGACGGUGCAAACCAGAGGCCACACUUUAGUAUUCGUACCUUGACGAGAACUUUAGUUUACGUUACUGAUAUAGUGCCGAUCUAUGGUCUCAGAAGAUCCUUGUACGAAGGAUUUUGCAUGACAUUUUUAACAUUAUUGGAUGCCAAUUCCGAAAGCCUACUCAAGCCAGAGAUUAUAAAUUACACUGUUGGCAAGUUGAAGAACAUGAACUCAGUAAUGAGUCAAAUUCCACCUCCCCCACCUCAUGACUCAGGAAGAUUCGUCCAAUUCAAGCAUUACUGGAUGAAACACGGACCCAAUGAGGUUAUUCCUCAACCCAAUUAUAUCAUCACUCCCUUUGUUGAAAAGAAUUUGAUGAACCUAGUUAGGGCAACAGCGGGUCGGAGAUUUCCAGUAUUGAUUCAAGGACCAACAUCGGCUGGUAAAACAUCAAUGAUCAACUACUUGGCUAAUAUUACCGGUCACAAAUUUGUGCGUAUAAACAACCACGAGCACACCGAUCUUCAAGAGUAUUUGGGUACUUAUGUUAGCAACUCCAAGGGACAGUUGGUCUUUCAAGAGGGGAUCUUGGUUGAAGCUUUGCGCAAAGGUUACUGGAUUGUUUUGGACGAAUUGAAUUUGGCCCCAACCGAUGUGCUUGAGGCUUUGAAUAGAUUGUUGGAUGACAACCGUGAGCUAUUCAUUCCGGAAACACAGGAAGUUGUAAAGCCCCACCCAGACUUUAUGCUAUUUGCUACUCAGAAUCCACCUGGUUUGUAUGGUGGUAGAAAAGUUCUUUCCCGUGCAUUUCGUAAUAGAUUUUUGGAGCUUCAUUUCGAUGACAUCCCGCAAGACGAGUUGGAGAUUAUCUUACGCCAAAGGUGUCAAAUUGCUCCAAGUUAUGCCAAGAAAAUUGUUGACGUUUAUAAGCAGUUAACGGUGCAGCGUCAGUCAACCAGAUUGUUUGAACAAAAGAAUUCGUUUGCAACUUUGAGAGAUUUAUUUCGUUGGGCUCAAAGAGAUGCCGUUGGGUAUGAAGAGUUGGCUAUCAACGGCUAUAUGCUAUUGGCAGAGCGGGUGCGUAAGGACGAUGAGAAAAGAGUUGUCAAAGAAGCCAUUGAGAAAGUCAUGAAGGUCAAGUUAGACAUGGACCUGUAUUAUGAUAAUUUCGAUCUAGAGGGUUUAAUGGGUACCGAAAACACCGUUGUAUGGACCAGAGCUAUGCGUCGUCUAGCAAUAAUGGUACUUGCUUCUGUAAAAUAUAAUGAGCCAUUGUUAUUGGUUGGAGAGACCGGAUGUGGUAAAACAACCAUCUGUCAAAUCAUUGCCAACUACUAUGCCAAGCAACUCAUAGUGGUUAAUGCACAUCAAAACACUGAGACGGGUGACUUGCUUGGAAGUCAAAGGCCGAUUAGAAAUAAGAGCAGUAUACAACAGGACUUACGAAGAAAUCUCAUUCAGUACUUGACUGACCAUGGUGUAGAAGGGUUGAACCAUUGGACACUUGAGGAAUUGUUACAAGCCUACAAAGAGAAGUCAAACAACAUUGAAGCUGAAGGUUUAUCUGCAGUAAUUGAAGAACAACUUCAGUUGAAUUCGAUAUUGUUUGCAUGGAAUGAUGGGCCGUUAGUUACAGCAAUGAAGACAGGCAACUUUUUCCUUUUGGAUGAAAUUUCCCUCGCUGAUGAUUCCGUCUUGGAGCGUUUGAACUCGGUCCUUGAGCCGGAGCGAAGUUUAUUACUUGCCGAGAAGGGAACCGAAGAUGCAUACGUGACUGCUGCCGGUGAUUUCAAAUUUUUAGCCACCAUGAACCCUGGUGGUGAUUACGGAAAGAAAGAAUUAUCUCCUGCUUUGAGAAACAGAUUUACUGAAAUUUGGGUGCCAUCAAUGGAGGACUUCCAAGAUGUCUUCAAAAUCGUGCAGUCUAAACUUCAGGUGAAGGAGCUUGCUGAUGCAAUUGUCAAGUUUUCUGAAUGGUAUGCUUUGGAAUUUGGUGGUGGAAGCACGAUUAGUGGAGUAAUUUCAAUUAGGGACAUUUUGGCCUGGGUUGAUUUUAUUAAUAUAUCCCACUCAUAUUUGGGUGCAUCGGCUGCACUCUUGAAUGGUGCGGCAAUGGUGUUCAUUGAUGCUUUGGGAACUAACAAUACUGCUUACUUGUCGGAAAACUCGGAGUCUCUUGACAGAAUGAAGCUGACAUGUGUUGAUACGUUGGCCCGCUUUUCUCACAUUGAUCUAUCUCAAUUUGCUAGUCUGAAGAUUGAGGUUAACGUCACUAACGACUCGUUCAAUGCAGGCUUGUUUGGCAUCCCCAGAAGAAAUGCUAAUCAAGAGACCUAUUCUUUCAGUCUAGAUGCUCCGACUACAGCAACAAACGCCAUGAGGGUAACCAGAGCAAUGCAAGUGAACAAGCCCAUUUUGUUGGAGGGUAGUCCAGGUGUUGGUAAAACUAGUUUGAUCACCGCAAUGGCCGCUUCCACGGGAAACCCACUUAUACGUAUCAAUUUAUCUGAACAAACCGAUUUGGUUGAUUUAUUUGGAUCAGAUGCACCAGCUGAAAACGGUAAAGCAGGAGAAUUUGCUUGGAGAGAUGCUCCAUUUUUACGUGCCAUGCAACGCGGUGAAUGGAUUUUACUCGAUGAAAUGAAUUUGGCCUCUCAGUCGGUGCUUGAAGGAUUAAAUGCAUGUUUGGAUCAUAGAGGUGAGGCAUAUAUACCAGAAUUGGGCAAAACAUUCAAGAAGCAUCAUGAUUUUAAAAUCUUUGCUGCACAAAACCCUCAGUAUCAAGGAGGUGGAAGAAAAGGAUUACCCAAAUCUUUUGUCAAUCGUUUCAGUGUGGUUUACGUGGAUACUUUGAAAGCAGAGGAUCUCAAUUUUAUAUUGCUGCACGUUUAUCCACUGGUAGACUCGUCCCAAUCGGCAAACUUGAUUGAAUUCAUGUCUACUAUCGAGAACGAGGUGGUUACGAGAAAGUUAUGGGGCCAUUCUGGUAGCCCUUGGGAGUUUAACUUACGUGACUCCUUGAGGUGGUUGAGUUUAUACACUGCAAAAAAUUUGCAAGCUGACACGCAGAUUUCUGAUUUCAUGAACAUGAUUAUUUGCCAAAGGUUUAGAAAUCCUGAAGAUCGCACCCAUGCAUUUGAUUUGUUUGCCAAGUCGUUUGGAGCUUUUGCCAAGAGGGACAACUAUUUCAACAAGGCUGUAUCAUUUGUCCAAGCAGGUUCGGCGAUAUUACCAAGAAACAACUUGAUGCAAUACAACAAUGGCGAUCGACUUUUGCCAUUGCAAUGCAACUUUUCAAUUAUGGAAACAGCUCUUAGAUGUGUCUCAUAUAACAUGCCAAUGAUAUUGACAGGACCCACCAGCUCUGGAAAAACCUGCUUGAUUCGUUAUAUGGCCAACAUUCUUGGAGCCAAGUUGGACGAAUUUUCAAUGAAUAGUGAUGUGGAUUCUAUGGAUAUUCUUGGGGGCUACGAACAAGCCGAUUUAUCUAGAGCACUCCACAACUUUUUGAACCAUGUUUAUUCCGUUUUAAGUCAAGUCGUUGUGGCAAGGGUGCGGUCACAGUCGGGUAAGACAGAAUUAUCCCAAGUCUUACGAAUAAUCGAUGACAUUUCGUCCAAUAGUAUCACAACAGAGAACUUUGGGCAAUUCCAUCAACAAUUUUCGUCUGUCAGUGAAGAAUUUUUGGAUAAGGAUAUUAUUGCUUUGUCGGAGUCGUUGCUUUCGAAGCUUUCACAGCCUAGCUCAUUAAAGUUUGAGUGGUUCGAUGGUCUUCUUGUGCAAGCUGUGGAACAAGGCCGUUGGUUGGUCCUUGAUAAUGCCAACUUGUGUCCCCCUUCUGUUUUGGAUAGAUUGAAUUCGUUGUUGGAAACGAAUGGAACAUUGGUUGUCAAUGAAUGCACUCUUGAAAAUGGAGAACCGAGAGUUAUCAAACCUCACCCAAAUUUUAGACUCUUUUUGACUGUGGAUCCUAAGUAUGGGGAAUUAUCGAGAGCAAUGAGAAACAGAGGUGUCGAAGUCUACAUGGAAGCUCUCUGUGAUAGAGCUACCUUGUUCGAUUGCAAAUUAUUGGGUAUCACAAAGGAAUUGGAAGAGGCUAGUGAAUUGGCUGAGGUUCCAGUGCCAACAGCUAUUUAUGGCUAUGACAGGUGUACAGAAAUGAGCAAUUUCAGUCUUAUUGAAGACUCUUUGUGCAACGGUUCAUCCUUUAUGAGCUCGAUUUGGAGUAUCGCCUCCUUUGCUUCAUUAGGAUUACUUCAACAGUGGAAAGAUUUUGUUUGCCAAUCCCCCGAAUUCAAGCUGAAUAGCAAGAAGGUGUCGCAGGUGGUGCUUGACAACUUCAUCCUUUAUCACCAGUUUGGGUUUGAAAUGGCCAUGCAUGAUUUGUAUGAACCGGCACGUGAAAUUGCAAGUGGCAUUCUCAAUGGGGACUGGGGUUUUGGCGCGCAUCAAGCGAUCCAUCCUUUAGUUAAUAUGACGCUAGUAGCCUCGCUUGUGCUGGGCCAUGAAUUCGUCAAGUCUAGCGAGUCCACCAUGUUAUAUGAAGUUGUGAACGAGGUUAAGAAAAUUGCCUCAUUGUUGAAGAAUGUCGAAUUGGAUGCAAUGAACAAGAAGAUCGGAGACUUAUCCUACAUUGAAAGGUCAGCGGCGAUGUAUCUUGGAAGAGACCUAAAAUCAAAGCCUCGUCUUGGUGUGUUUCAACUACUUCAAGGAAUGGUUUCCUUUGUCAUAAAGACACUUUCACGGGACCACUCUCGUUUGUUUUCGCGUCGCUUGUUUAACCCUGUUUUCGAUUUGCUUGUUAUUUCCAACGCCUUACUUGAAUCAUCGAGAGAACAAAAUGAAUCUAAAAUUAGAGUUUACCAGGGAUUACUUAGUAAAUGGUGUGAGAUCCAUUCCAAUCUCAUUGAGGAUGAUAGCGUCACCUUGGAAUCUACAAUUGCAUCGUUUGGUAAUGGCUUAAAGUUGACAUCUGGAUUAUCAAUGGAUUUGAUUUGGGAAAACUUCCGUGGCAAGUAUCCGCUGUCAUUAAGAGGGUGGGAGUAUUUGAGAACCGUCUACGGAAUUAUGGAUGAUCUUGAUUAUGUGUCCAAAAGGCAAUCCUAUGGUACAUCAACUAUCGUACAGGAUCUUGUGGUAGCCUUUACCCAACUUUACGAUGCUAUUGUCUUUAACAAAUACGUUGAGAACGAUUUGAAUUCCGUUUUGGAAACGGUGUACUCAACAUUGAAUGAGUUGAAGGCAAACUUGAUUGCAAUCGUAAAUGAUCGACAAAACGUAUUCAAGAUAGAAUUCACUUAUAUUUGUGACUUUGCAGAGAAUAUGGGUGAUAUUCAACAAGUGAAGAGUUUGUACAUGAUUUCUGAGAGGUCAUUGAGGUCUAUUGUUGGUAGUGGAAAUGAUGGUCCAUUCCCUGGCAUACUAGCAAACCUAUGGAGUAAAAGCGAUCCAGUAGCAUCUCGAAUCCCAGCAUUGUUUUCGAGCAGCUUGCUUGCUUCAAGCUUGGAAAAGGUGACAAACUUGAAAUCUACUGCCGCCAAUAAAGUUAGUGAAACAAUAGGGGAUAUGAAACUACUUAACACAUCAUUGCUUCAAACUUCCAACUACAUCUUGUCGGAUCAAAGAGUCGCUUUUGUUGACAAAUUGAAUACCUGGUUGAGGUAUAUAUGGAAAGUCCACGGAUUGAAUUGGGAUGAACAACUGGAUAGCGAAGUAUUUGCCAAGUUGGAUGCUAACGUUGCCCAAGUUUUCAACCAAUUUUUGGUGCCAGUUUUGACUUUGAUCAAGCUGAAUAGCUUAGCAGAUUUGGGAAAAGCGUGGAUUUUGUUUGCUUGUGGACUCAUCCAGUUGUACUUGCCUAGUGCUCCAAAUGACCCAGCUAUUAAAGAGUAUGUGGUCUCAAAAGUUUAUUCAGCUCGCAUGUCUCACCUCGCUGGCCUUCAAGAAUCAUGGAAACGAUCAAGAGAAGUGAUGACUGGUGAUGAGUCAUCAUAUUUAGAAUCAACAUUGAAGGAGCUUACGGAUGCAAUUGAACCUGAGACUCCAAAGGUGUACCGUGGUGCAGCUGAUUCAAUUGACGGAUUGAUUGACGAGUGGAACGCCAUGUUGGAGUCGAGUAUCAACUUUGGGUCUGUCUCCAAUUUGUUGAAUGAGAUUGAGCUGAAAUCCUCUUCAGCCAGGGGUAAAUUUGACUUGUUUCAAAACAAUCUUUCCAAAUUUGCACAGCGAAUGAAACAAAAUUAUCUUUUGUACUCCGAUUUGAAUGACAUCCUUUUAGGAUAUAUAUAUGCAUUGCAGUUUGGUUUCGAAUUGGUUAUGUUUGAUAGUGAAGCUAGUGUACAGGAGAAGUUUUCAAAAGACUGGUUGAUGAACACUGUUGAAAUGUUGACCCCUGCUAGAGUUGAAUCCGAAUUUGCCAAUGCACAGUCAUUUACAAAGAAAUUGAAUGCUGAGGACCCGAAUGCAGAUGAGAUUAUGUCCUUUUUUAUGAUUCUUGGAUUUACCCAAAAGAAAGAUGAGGGUAUGGAAAUAGUAGGAAAAGCAAUCAAAGCAUUGUAUUACAGAUGGUCACUACGUAAGAUGAGACAGGAUCAAGAAAAUGCUCAAAAAGAAAGCAUGUUCAAAUACAAAGUCGAGGGAGACCAUGUUGAGGAAGAUUUUCAGAGAUUGUUCCCUGAUUUUGAUGAAGUGGUUGACUUGAAGGUAACUACUGGAUUGAAUAAAAGCGAUGAAUUGGAAGCAAUCUACAGUGAUAUCGCUGUUUCUUAUAUUGACAAUUUUGUAACUGGCAUGCAAAUCGACACUGAUGCUUUGAGAAGACGUGGUUGUGCAUUAUUUGAUAAAUUGGCUUUUUACAAUUUGAAAACGGGGGUCAAUACUCCGUCCGGCUUGUCAGCAGUCAUAAACGCGUCAUAUUCAACCAAUGAAGAUAUAUCUCAACCAAGUAAAAGCUUCCAUUUCUAUAAAGACAACAACCCAAGUGAAGUUCAAAAGGCUGUCAAGAUCAUUUCCACUGUGCAUGUGUUGACCAACAAAAUGCUUGAACAAUGGCCAGAGCAUGCUACUUUGCGAAAUAUUGCCUUUGCCGCUUCUGAGUUCUUGGCCUUCCCAAUAGCAUUGCCAUUGGGUAGGUUCUUGCUGAAAUUAGAACAGAUUUACACCUUCAUUGCUGAAUGGCAAAAGUAUUCAUCGAGCCAAACUUCACUAGCACCACAAUACACUCAAUUGACCGACUUGAUGGUUUCGUGGAGGAAAUUGGAAUUAUCAACAUGGAAGAGUUUGUUUGAUCAUGAAGAGGAAAUGUGUGGAGAAAAGAUUGGGUUAUGGUGGUUCCAUUUACUCGAGGUCGUUAUGAUUCCAAUUUUGGAAAAUCAGGAAGAUGAUGACCUAGUAGUGAAUAUUUUGUCUGCGUUAAACAUUUUCAUGAGCAAGGUAUCCUAUGGGGAGUUUACACUUCGGUUAAAGCUUUUGAAAGCUUUUAAGAAUCAUGGAUUACAGGUUGAUAAAACGCAUCCAAUUGUCAAUGCAUUAGACAAUUUCAUUAAAUUCUAUCAUCAAUUUGAACUGAUUAUAGAAGAGGAUAUGACAGCAAAGAGAGCUAAGUUGCAGAAGGAAAUCGAUGAGGUCAUUCUUUUGGCAAGUUGGAAAGACGUCAACAUUGAUGCUUUAAAGCAAAGUGCGAGAAAGUCUCAUAAUAGUCUAUACAAGAUUGUGCGCAAGUACCGCGACGUUUUGAGUACACCAGUUCAACCAGUAAUCGAGCAAGGCUUGUCACAACCGGUGAAAGAGAAAGAAUUCAUGUCGCUUCCGGUUAUUGAGACUGUGGACUUACAUGACAAUGGCAUACUUUCCACUAUUUCCACGUGGAGCCAAAGACCACAAAGAUUGCAGGAUAUAUCAAUCAUUAAAAAGAAUUUCAAGAUCUAUUUAGAAAGGGUCAAGAGUGAGGAAUUGCCGCAGUUAUUGGAUUUUGCAGCAGAAACUGUUCGUGUCGCGGACACGCUCCGUGAUGAGACCCCAAAAGUAUUGAAUGAGGGCAGCAAAAAGUUAGUUGCUGCAUUAAAAACGCAAAAAAUGAAAUUGCUUAGUGACACAAUACGUGAAAUAAGGAUAUCUGGAUUAAAGACUAGCAUGAGGGCAGAUAUACUUGCUACUCAGAAAUCGGUGAAUUUGAUCAUUGCCAAUUCAACAUCAUUUAAUGGGUUUUUGGAAGAAUGCGACUGUGCUUACUUUAGAAUCUUGGAUUUGUUGCCUCGCUUGAGAGCCGCUGUUGGUUCACCAUGUGAAGAUGUCCCUGCAGCAGAUCUCGAAAAGGGAUUAUCAGCGGCAGAGAAUUUAAUUCAUUUCCUCAUUGUGAAGCGCUCGCCACUUGCCAAGUUUAAUAGUCAGUACGAGGCAUUGCGGUUAUGCGCCGGUGAUAUUUCGACUUUAGCUAAAAUGCGCACAGAUGAUGAAAAGCUUAUUCCAACUAGGCACUAUAAAAGAAGUGUCGAAAAUGUUAAAUUGAGGAGAAGAUGGCUUCCCAAAUUGUUGGACUACGCCAUCAGCACAUGCAACGCUGUUGGCUAUUUCUCUUCGACUGUUGCAACUGGCCCAUUUGAGGAGUUGAAAAAGGAGUUGGAUGCGUUCCCAGACUUUGAACCUGAGUCAUUGGUUUACACUACGCUGAGUGAGCAGAAUUUGCAACUGUAUGAAUUGUUUGAAAAUCGCUUGAGAGACGUAUUGAAUGUUUGGAAAAGAGAGAAUGUGCAAGUACAGUUUGUGGCUGAUGUUGUUUUGAAUUGGUUGAAUGAGAACUUUUCCUCCAUGGAAUUUUCUAAUGAUGAUCCAGCAGGCCAAUCGUCAGUGGAAGCUUGUGAAGUAGAAUUUAGAAAAUUGUCGUCGAUGAUUCUUGUUGCAGUUCAAAAGAUUACUGAUUGUUGCAAGACAGAGAUAGCAGCUGAUGAUGAUAAUUGGUUGAUUCUGGCCCAAAGCAAAGUGUCUGAGUAUAUAAAACUCACCCACAUCAAGGAGAUUGUUGCUAAACUUAAGAGUUGUAUCGAAAUGUCUACUUCUAUGGUUGAUCAUUCUCCGGUAAUUUCAUCACUAGCUGCAUUCACUUUCCCGUUGAUUGAAAACUACUUUGAAUUGUGUUCAAUCGUUUUCGAUAAAGCAAGAUUCAACUAUAAAAACUUGUCCAAAGCAACAUUUAUUUUGUCCUCGUUGCUUUACUCACUAGCAACAAAGGGAUUCUGUGGCCCAGAGCCACCUCAAGAGCAAAAGGAAGAUAACAACUUGCAUGACGGAACAGGAUUGGGAGAUGGGGAAGGAGCUCAGAAUAAUAACAAUGACGUUGAAGAAGACGACGAUUUGACGGAAAAUGCACAAAAGCCGAAUGACGAGCAGAAUAAGGAUGAGGACCAGGAGGAGAAUGAUGAUGCCGUUGAGAUGGAAGGUGAUAUGGCGGGUGAACUUGAGGAUUUAUCUGACCAGGACAAGGAUGAUGAUGAAGGUGAUGAAGAAGAUGGUGAAGAUCUUGAUGAAGAAGUUGAUGACUUGGAUGAGUUGGAUCCAAAUAACGUUGAUGAGAAAAUGUGGGAUGAGGAGGCGAAAGAAGAAAAGGAGAAAGAAUCGGAUAAGGUUCCGGAGAAUUCAAAUAAUGAUGAGGAAAUGGAGGCAAGAGAAGAUGAAGAAGAAGGUGAAGCGGGUGAUAAAGACCAAAAGUCGAAAGAGGACACUGAACAAAAGGAAGAUAAUGAGGAAGGUGAAGAAGAAGAGGAAGAGGAGGAAGAUGUUGGUGAACAGGAGGACAAGGUUGAUAACCAAGAAGGUGAUCAGAUGGAAGACAAUGUCCCUGAAUCGGAAGCUUUGGAACUCCCUGAUGAUAUCAAUAUUGAUGGUGAUGAUGAUGAAGAAGAUAAGGGAGAAAGUGAGGAUGAGUUUGAGGAUAAUCUCGAUGAGGAACUGAAUGAAAAUAAAGAGGAGAAGGAAGAUGAAGAGAAUGAUAACAUGCAAAUGGAAGAAGAUGCUAACGAGGAAGAGCCGACUAGUCCACCUGAUGAUGGUGAAGAAGAGCAAAGCUUGGAAAACGAAGAAAAGGAAAUUGAUGAAGAUGCUAAUGCCGAGCCUGAGGAAAACGUUGAUGAGGAAGUGGACGACCAAGAUCCAGAGACUAGUGAAGAUAAAAAGGAAGGUGGUGAAGAGCCCAAUAAAGAUGCAGAUGCGGUAGACGGGGCUGACGGUCUGGUAGAUGUGGACAACGAAGAGGACGUUGAUAUGGACGCAGCAACAGAACAAAAUGCAGGAAAGUCAGGUGAUGGUGCUGAAAAUGAGCUCAACAAUGACGAACAGGGUGAAAAUCUAGCAGGCGAAGAUAGUAAUGCGAACCAGGAGGAAAAGAAUGAAAAAUCAAUUGAGGAUGAUGCACGUGACAAGGCCAAUGAGUCUCUUAAACAAAUUGGUGAUUCGUUGAAAGAGUUUCAUCGUCGUAGGCAAGAGAUUCUUGAAGCUGAGGAAGAUAAUGAUGAGAGCAAUGAGCAAUCAGCUAAUCAGAACUUGAAUGAGUUUCAACACAAUCCAGAUGCCAAUAUUGAUGACUUGCAAGCACUUGGGGCUGCCAAUAAGGAUCAAAUUCAAUCCAUCAAUGAAGACAUGGCAAUUGAUGAGGAAGAAGACAAGGAGGAGGCUACUCGCGAUGAGAACGAAAAUGAGGCAGAUGCAGAAGCUGUUGAAAUGGAUAUAAAUGAGGAAGCGCAAGAGGAGAAUGGAGACGAUGACAAUGGUGCUGCAGCACAGAAAGCUGUUGAGGAUGCUGCCGCUGUGGAUGAACAACAAGACCAGUCACUAUCCAAACCGGCCAUGGAUCUUGAUGAAGAUGAAGAGGAAGAGGUUGAAGAAAUGAUUGAAAGAUAUGCCAUCAACGAUGAUGAACCACCAUUGUCUUUGGAAGAGGCACGUAAAUUGUGGAAGGAGAGUGAAUUGGCUACACAGGAGCUAGCAUCAGGACUUUGUGAGCAGUUGAGAUUAAUCUUGGAACCUACAUUAAGCACCAAAUUGCGUGGAGAUUACAAGACAGGAAAGAGAUUAAAUAUGAAGCGUAUUAUUCCCUACAUUGCAUCUGAUUUCAAAAAGGACAAGAUCUGGUUGAGAAGAACAAAGCCGUCUAAGCGUGAAUACCAGAUUAUGAUUGCCGUUGAUGACUCCAAGUCUAUGACUGAAAGCAAUUCGUCCAAAUUGGCACUCAAUAGUAUCGCUUUGGUAUCCAAGGCCUUGAGUCAAUUGGAGAGUGGUGGAUUGUCAAUUGUUCGAUUCGGUGAGGAUGUGAAAAUCGUACAUCCAUUUGAUAAACCAUUCAAUGCCAAUAAUGAAACUGGAGCUAAAAUUUUCCAAUGGUUUGAUUUCCACCAAUCAAGAACUGACAUCAAGGCAUUGUGUAAUGAGUCCUUAAAGAUAUUUGAGGAUGAGAAAUUUGAAAACAAGGCCGACUUGUGGCAGUUGCAGAUUAUCAUUAGUGAUGGUGUUUGUGAAAGUCAUGAGAAUAUUAUGCGGAUGGUGAGAAGGGCCAGAGAUGAGAAGAUUAUGAUGGUGUUUGUCGUCAUUGAUGGAAUCAAUCUGAAGGAGUCGAUUAUGGACAUGCAACAGGUGAGAUAUGAAGCUGAUGCAAACACAGGUGAGUUGGUUUUGAAGGUGGAUAAGUAUCUUGACAGUUUCCCCUUUGAGUUUUACGUCAUUGUUAAGGAUAUUAAUGAGUUACCAGAAAUGCUUUCAACCAUUCUUCGUCAGUAUUUUACCGAGAUAUCUACAGUAUAG